UUACUACAACACCCGACAAAGCACAUACUAACACCAACUUUUCCCUUCAGACACAAACGCUUCCCUCUCUCGCUACAAGCCCUAAGUAAGCGAUCAACAAAUUCUCGAGAGGAAGAGAGAAAAAGCAUGCAGUGAAUUUCGUUUCUUUUUGGUUUUUAGAUUAGUGGGGUUUAUUUAAGUUUGUUGAUGUUUCCUGGGUGUUCGUUUGUCGUUUAAACAGUAAUGGAAGGAGGUGGCUCAGGUAACAAUUCAACACCUAUAAUUGAUAAAACAAGAGUUUUGGAUGUGAAACCGCUGCGUACUUUAGCACCAGUGUUUCCUUCAAGCUCUGAAGCACCUUCAUUUGCAUCUACAUCUCCUUUUGGGCCUCACUCUUCUGGAUUUGCACCAUUUUAUCCUUUUAGUGCACCACAGGCUACACAAGCAACACCUGACCUUAACCAACAUACACACGCCACUCCUGCAGCUCCCCUUCGCUCGAUUCGAGGUACAGAGUCUAGUGGGGAUGCUUUUAAUGGACAAGCUGGGUGCUUUGAUGGUAGCAAGGGCUCAGCUAAGCGGAAAACCAAGUCUUCUUUGCAGAAAAGAGCGAGGAAGAGCCAGGAUUUGGAUUUUACAUUGUCUGUUGAUGAGAAUAAUUUUGUUGUGGGAGUUAGUUUGUCUGAAAGGGAUGAUGGUAAUGGUGAAGUGGUUCAUAGUAUACGUAUGAGAUUUGAUGCACUUAGGAGAAGGCUUAGUCAAUUAGAAGAUGCUAAGGAAUCGCCUGUUGGGAUUAUUAGGCGGGCGGAUCUGAAAGCAGGGAAUAUUUUGAUGACCAAACAGGUGCGAACAAAUAUGAGGAAGAGAAUUGGAGCAGUUCCUGGAGUUGAGAUUGGGGAUAUUUUCUUUUUCCGAAUAGAAAUGUGCUUGCUGGGAUUGCAUGCUCCAUCCAUGGCUGGGAUUGACUACAUGUCUCUAAGGAAUGAUCCGGAGGAAGAACCACUGGCUGUAAGUAUUGUUUCGUCUGGUUAUUAUGAAGACGAUGCAGAGGAUAAGGAUGUUUUAAUAUAUAGUGGACAAGGGGGGGCUGCCAACAAGGAUAAAGGAGCAACUGAUCAGAAGCUUGAGAGGGGCAACCUUGCAUUAGAGAGGAGUUUGCGCCGGGGAAAUGAAGUGAGAGUCAUUCGGGGUAUGAAAGAUUCUGUUAAUCAAGCAUCAAAGGUCUAUGUAUAUGAUGGCCUGUAUAGGGUCCAGGAGUCUUGGGUGGAGAAGGCGAAAUCUGGUUGCAAUAUAUUCAAGUAUAAGUUGGUUAGAAUUCCUGGGCAGCCAGAUGCUUUUGGUGUUUGGAAAUCAAUUGAAAAGUGGAAGGAAGGGCUUUCCUCAAGGGCUGGACUAAUUCUUCCAGACCUCACUUCUGGGGCUGAAAGCACGGCUGUUUCACUUGUAAAUGAUGUUGAUGAGGAGAAGGGGCCUGCGUACUUCACAUAUGUCUCCACUGUCAAGUAUUCUAAAUCAUUUAAAUUAACACAACCUGCUUAUGGGUGCAACUGUCGAAAUGCAUGCCAACCAGGCAAUUUGAACUGCUCCUGCAUUAGAAAAAAUGAAGGUAACUUCCCGUACACUGCCAAUGGAGUUCUAGUCUGCCGGGCUCCAAUGAUACAUGAAUGUGGUCCCACAUGUCCAUGCUUUCCUAAUUGCAAAAAUCGGGCAUCUCAGACUGGCUUAAAAGCUCGUUUGGAAGUGUUCAAAACAAAGGACAGAGGUUGGGGCCUGCGGUCAUGGGAUUCUUUUCGUGCUGGUACUUUUAUCUGUGAAUAUGCUGGUGAAGUGAUAGAAAAAGUUAUCCAGCCUGGAGAAGAAGGUGAUGGUGGUGAUUAUGUGUUUGAUACCUCCUGUGUGUAUGAAUCUUUCAGAUGGAAUUAUGAAUCUGGGUUAGUAGAGGAGGACAGUUCUAUUGAAGCUAUUGAGGAACCCAAUGUCCCAUCUCCCUUGGUCAUAAGCUCAAAGAAUGUUGGAAAUGUAGCUCGAUUCAUGAAUCACGGUUGUUAUCCAAAUGUUUUCUGGCAGCCAAUUAUGUACGAACACAACAGUGAAUCUUUUAUCCAUAUUGGCUUUUUUGCAACGAGGCACAUCCCCCCAAUGACAGAGUUGACUUACGAUUAUGGGAAAUCUUGUGUGGGUGAGGCUGAAGCUGAUGGUGGCAGCACACCACGUGGAAGGAGGAAAUGUUUAUGUGGAGCACCAAGAUGCCGGGGCUACUUUGCUUGAAGGUUAAUGUGCGCAUGCUUGUGGACUUAUGGAGGCUGCAAGCGGGGUCAGGGCUGAAAAGCUCUAAGUGGAGCAUGCCAGCUUGGAAAGUCAAUGAAGUGGUUUUGUGCAUCCCAGGGGUUGCUAAAACUAUGCCGUUUGGAGAAAUUUUUUGCGCAGCAUCAUGGUUAAAUGGGCGUCCACCCUCUCUCUCUCUCUCUCCCCGUUUUGUUUUAAUUAUCAUACGGAGCUAGGUAUAGGACAGGCUGCUAAGGUCCCUUUUUAACAGUCCAAGGACCUCUAAUUUUGUGCAGGACCAUCGGUGAAGCUUCCGUAGCAGUGUGUUUAUACUUGCGGAUUAACUGUAAUAUUCUGGACUUUACCAAUGCUGUACGAACGCCAGACUGUCGGUUGACAGAAGAUCCAAUGUUUCUGUAGCUGUGAAUAAUCUAAACCUUAACCUAGUAAAGUUUUCUUCUCUUCUU